CUCCUGAAACCUACCUCAGUGGAGGGAAAGACACCUGCAGAGUUGCAUGUUGUUGCCAUGUGAAGAAGAUUGAUUUUCAACUCAAAAAUGCCGAGAAGCAAGUCUGGAGUGACCCGUAAGAAAAUUUCUAAAGAAAUUUUAGAAGAAGCCGUCAAAGCAGUGUUGGACGGGAAAUCUUUGAGAAAAACUGCAAAUGAAUUUUCCAUAAAUAAAUCUACUUUGUGGAAUUAUGUAAAAACACAAGGAAAAUCAGGUAACGAAUCAGUAGAUAUUAAAUUAGGAAAAAAUGAUACAAAAAAGGUGUUUACUGAAAAGCAAGAAACGGAGCUGGUUGAGUAUUUAGAAACUGCUGCUCGCCUUCAUUAUGGAUUAACUAAAAGAGAAACAAGAGUACUUGCUUUUGAAUAUGCUUCUAUAAACAAAAUAAAAUGUCCAGAACAAUGGGGAGUUGAAAAAAUUGCGGGGAAAGAGUGGAUGCGUGCUUUUUUAAAAAGGUGGACAAAAUUGUCGCUCCGGAAACCUGAAGCCACCAGUUUAGCUAGAGCAACAAGUUUCAAUGCUGCAAAUGUAAAAACAUUUUUUGAUAACUACAAAACUGUCCUUAGUAGAUACAAGUUUAAAGAACAUCAGAUCUUCAAUCUCGAUGAAACUGGCAAUUCAACUGUUCACAAUCCCCCUAAAAUAAUAGCACCUAAAGGAGUGAAACAAAUUGGCAGCAUGACUUCGGGGGAAAGGGGGGCAAAUGUUACUAUGAUUGGUUGCAUCAAUGCGGCCGGAAACCAUGUUCCUCCCAUGUACAUUUUUCCGAGGGUGAAUUUUAAACAGCACAUGAUCAAUGGUGCUCCUCCAGGAUCAAUUGGUGGAGCACAUAUAACAGGGUGGUCCACAGAAGAAAUUUUUGUUCAAUACUUGGAUCACUUUAUUAAAUUUGUAAAACCAACAAAAGAUGAUCCUGUUCUCAUGAUUCUUGAUAAUCAUGAGUCCCAUAUAUCGAUUGAAGCGAUAAAUAAAGCUAGGGCCUCUGGAAUUGUCAUGCUUACCUUCCCACCCCACACGUCACACAAACUACAGCCACUUGAUAGAACAGUGUUUGGUCCCUAUAAGAAGUUCUACAACGUCGCUGCCUCUGAGUGGAUGUUAUCAAAUCCUGGAAAACCCAUGACAAUUUACGAAGUAGCCAAAAUCUCUGGUACUGCUUAUCUACAAGCAUUUACUGCAAGAAAUAUUAUCAGUGGCUUUUCUGUUACCGGAAUUCACCCCUUAAAUGAAAACAUAUUUAAGCCUGAAGAGUUUUUGCCUUCCAACGUCACGGACAGACCAGUCAUUGAAACCAGUGAAAAUGGAAAUGAAAGCAAUGCGCUGACUACAUCUAGUCCAUUAAUCAACCAUGACUCAAUGCCAUCAACUUCCCAUGUAGGAAAUGAGGCAACAACAUCAAGUGCUUUUGUAUGUCAUGAGCCAACACAAUCUACCAUAUCACCACAUCUUAUUAGACCAUUUCCCAAGGCCUUACCUCGGAAGAAGAAACCCGGUAAAAAGAAAGGGAAAUCGGCUGUGAUGACUGAUACGCCUCAAAAAAUGCUGAUUGAAGCACAGAGUGCCCUGAAAAAACUCAAGGCUGAAAAGAAGGAAAAAAAGAAACCUGCAAAUAAGAAGUUGGAUUUUAAAAUCACGGAACAUCCUGAUAGUGUUUUGACUGAGAGAUUUGACGAAUCAAAUUUAUCCCCCAAAAAACCGGCACUUAAGAAAAAGAAAAAAACUCGUCAAGUGAUUAUUUCCUCUAGCUCCGAAGAUGAGGAUUUCGCAGUUCUUGAAGAUUCAUCAGAUGAUUCAAUUUCAAAGUUGAAAGAAGCAAUUGAAAUGGACGAAAAGGAAGAAGCGGAAGAGAAGUCACUAUUAGAAAAUGAAGAGGUUAAAGUAGGGGACUUUGUUCUCGUUAGAAUGAUGGGGAAGAAAACUGUCAUGUAUUACGUUGCUGAAAUUGUAAAGACUAUUUCAAAGACUGAGUUUGAAGUAAAGUAUUUAAAAAGAUUGGGUGAAACUAACAAAUUCUUUAGGGAUAAAGAGGACAUUUAUAACAUUUUUGAAAGUGAAAUUGAGCGCAAACUACCACAGCCCCUUUCCACUGGUAGUUCAGAAAGGCAGGUUUCCCAGCUGACUUUCAGUAUAGAUUUUAUGUCACUUCCUGUCAAAUAAAUUCUUGAAUUAGAAGGGAGUAAAACUUGUAAAUUAGGCUAAGUCAUUGCCUAUCACAUUUUUUUGCCAGAUGAGAAGUUAUUUCAACCUUAUUAAUAAAACUAUAGGCCAAUUUAUUGUAUACAACUACUAUAUUUAAGCUUACAUUC